AAUAGCCAUGCACUCAGGCUGUCCUAGACUAGUACAGCAGGAAUGAUUGUCUAUUGAGAUUUGUGUUGUAUAGGAAGGGGCCUGACUUAGGGAAGUGAAAGGGCAAUAUUUAAAUUGCUUUUAACAGCCCUUCCCUCUCCCCCACAAACCAGGGUGCUGAGGACAAAGGGAAGCUAACCUGUAGAAAAAGAAAGGUAACAAACUAAUAAUAAAAAAAAGAGUGCUAUUCACCUAAAUCUGGUGGGCUGCAGGCUACUAGUCUCUCUUCAGAGAUAUUUUCUUGCUUAUGUUUAACAUUCUGUGUACCUUUUAGCAUAACUCUAAUGUGCCCUCUGUCCAAACACAAAAGAAAUCAUGCUACAGGUUGGGUCCUGUGCCCUAGGGUUGGCCAUAACUGAGUCAGAAUCAUGUUGGCUCAGCUCUGUAACUAUCAUUGGGACAAAGAUUAGUAUCAUGCUCCAUCAUACAAACCCCGUACAUUGCAAGAAUGGCCUCUCUGGCAAUGUAGUUGAGAGAGAGAGAAUAGUCUGUAAUAGGCUUAACUCUGUUGGAAGCCACCUACCAGUUGAAGUUUCGUGGUGCAACUCUGGGAGCUCCAGUUGUAAGCUGCUUUUCUGGUGACUAACUUUGUUUGACAAACCACUCUCUGAUCCAUCUGAAAACUGAGCAUCUACCUACUAUUUAGCUAUCAAUAUCUAGAGUGGUGGCAAGAGUUAGCAGAGAUUUCCAGCUGACCAGCAGCAGCCAUCAAGGCUUAUGGCAGAAUUUCAGCACCUCUCACCAAUCUGCAAAUUCAGUAGAGUGACAACCAGUGCCAAGAAAAAACCCCACAAGGGGCUAAAAGCGGUUUACAGGAAGUCCAAGGAUGUUGACUGCACGCCUGGGAAGGCAUCAUUUAUUGUCCAUUUUAUAAGGAAAGGAACCAUAUUAUGAAAGACAUCCCCAAUGCAAGGUGGGGAAUACAUAAUGGAUAUGGCCUUGACCUCUACUGUUGCUGUGUCCAGGGAGGAGAUGACCUCUGAGAUCAGCUAGACUCAAGUUACUGCCUUGGACUAUAGAACUUCUUCCUCAGUCUCAGGAUCUGUUUGGAGACCUGCUGGCCUAUCCUCUCCAGGAGACAGAGGUCAAUGAGGGUGUUGUGGAGGACAUGCCAUCCCAACCCAAGAAAGUCCAUUAUUGCAGUAAGUUCCGUAGCAGCAUUCCUCUUCGUCAUCAUUUUUCGCCUUACCAAUGAAGUAAACUUCCCUUUGAUUUUAAACUGCUUUGGACAAACUGAUGUGAAAUGGAUGCCGUUUUCCGACAAACAAAAGCGGCCUCUCAGAACUCACUAUGGAUAUAUAAAUAUAAAAACACAAGAGCCUCUCCAGCUAGACUGUGAUGUCUGUGCCAUUGUUUCGAACUCAGGUCAGAUGGCUGGUCAGAAAGUGGGAAUUGAGAUUGACCAGUCUUCCUGUAUAUGGAGAAUGAACAAUGCUCCCACCAAGGGUUAUGAGGAGGAUGUUGGGAAGAAGACGACCAUACGAGUGGUCUCACACACCAGUGUUCCCCUACUGCUCAAGAAUCCCGAGUACUUUUUCAAGGAAGCCAAUAGCACGGUCUAUGUCAUCUGGGGGCCUUUUCGAAACAUGAGGAAAGAUGGCAAUGGCAUUGUGUACAACAUGCUGAAGAAAGCUGUUGACAGCUACCCCAAUGCCAAAAUCUAUGUGACAACAGAAAAGCGCAUGAGUUACUGUGAUGGGGUAUUUAAGGAGGAGACCGGAAAAGAUCGGUAAGUCCUGCCUGUGAAGAGGUACUCUGAUGUUAAUGACAAAAGAUAGACAAGAGAAGGCCAUCUUGCAUGCCAGCUCUUCAGUGAGCCCCCAGAUAUGUUUUUAAUGGAUUCAUAUAUGUUUUUGACUGUUCCGGGCACUUGAUGAGGCAGCAGACAGGCCCCAUUUAUCCCACCUUUGCUACCUUCUGUUAUUUCCAUUUUUGUUGGCCUGGAUCCCAAAAAAUAUUGGAUACCUUCCUAAAGCCUUUUCAGAGCUGUGUGUGUGUUGUUUUCAGCUCAAUUUAAUAUUGAUUAAAUUGACAUGUUAUUCAAAGAGGGGAGGCCUACACAUCAUUCCUACACAUACAACCUCAGGACAAAGGGAAGAAGAGGUCGUAUAUUUACCUCUCUUGUCAAGAUACCCUGUCAAGCUUUACCUCAAAUCCAAAUAAUUCUGUUUCAGUUAAAAUAGAUGAUCAGGCAUAUCACCAAAUGGCUAGUGUUUCUAGUAAAAUUAUACCAAAGUUAUAUACCACUGGCUUGUGGAGAACCAUGUGUGUGAUUAUGCUGCUCCAAGAGGGUGCUGUAUGCAUGAUGGAAGGUCAGUGAAUUCCCCGUGUACAGUAGAGAGUGAGCUCUACAGAGGCCAUCUGCACAGCAGCAUGUGGGGCUGGGGCUAGAGAGGGCUGAGGUAAGAUUGGGGCUGGAGGAUCUGCCAGGAUCUAUCCCCAUCCCAUCCAUGGAACUGUGUGCUGGGAGAAAGGCUUCUUUAGUCCUUCACCCUGCACUUCCUGCAUCCCCCAACCACACACACAUUAGCAAUCAAGUAACAUCCUAUGUCACCACAAAAAUUGUUUCCUAUUAUUACUUUUCCACGUAAAACUAUUAAUUAAAUGUAUCGUUAGCUUCAUUUAAUGUGAUUUGCCGGGGGGAAAACAAGGAAAGCAAGCAUCAUGUCACCAGCUGGGACUCCUUGUACCCCAAGACAACACUCUACAAACCACUGGUGGUCUGCGGCCCACAGUUUGGGAACUACUGACAUGCAUCAUCAGUUAAAUCCUCAAUACGUGUUUUGUUGUGCUGCUUCAUUCAGGGGUCUGGGUAUGGUAAUGAAGGCUAUUUGGGAUCUGUUCUGCUUACUGAAGCAGCAAAGAGCAACAGAGCUCCCUGGAUGAGAAAAAAAUGGCUUCAUGUAUCAUGUCAAACUAUUAUGAUGUUGAUACAGAAUCUUUCAGGUACCUCAGCCAAAUAUUCCUUCAGUUCCUAGGAGAAACAUCAGCGCUUGCUUCCAAUAUUAGUUUAAACAGUGCUCAGUUUUUACCAUGUUCCAAACAAGAAAUUUGGAGGGAAACCAAGUUCUGCUCAACUUUAAAAAUAUACAGUGUGAGUUGUAACUGGAUUUAUUUUGGGUUUAAUCCUAAAGUACUGCCUUUACGUAUGGUGUACAUUCCCAGUGCAUAGUAAGAUUACAACAGAUUUCUAGUUUGUUAAUCUUUUAAUGAGCUUUCUGUUUCUAUAUUCUGUUGAUGUAACGUCUCUUUAGGAAAUUAAUGGGACUUUAAAUGUUCUCACCAAAAUAGUGCUCGCAUUCUAUUCUCAGAGUUAUGAAAAGUAUCAAACAGGCAUGGUGUAGCCCCUUAUAGGCAAAUAGACUCUGCUCCUGCACCACAGAAGUCAGUGGGAGCUUUGCCAUUGAUUUCAAUAGGCAUGGGAUCAAGCCCAUAAUCUGUCUGUUUACAAUUCAAUUAUUGGUCAAUGGAAGAAACGGGGCCAGACCCAUUAUGGAUUAAUAGCAAACAACCUUCCUAUUUUCAAAAUGAAGUAAUUUUUGUUCUACAGGGACAGCAUAAUAUCUUCUUGAAACUGGCUUCCUGGAUCUGGGGAUUGGUCUUGACACACAGUAUUGUGAAUUUGGGCAGAGGCUUGGUCAUUCAGGGUGGUGUGAGAGUUCAUCCACUCUGAGUAAUUGUUGUAUAUAAAUAAUAUACAUUGGCAGACAUUCACAGUUUUGUAUUAAUACAUUUUAGUGGCACUGCCCUCUGUAGUGCUGUAAAUCUGAGUUUCUUGCAAUACUUUACUGCACUUUCCUAUAUUAUGUACAUAGAGUCAGAUGAAAGGAGAAUUUGAAGCACGUUUGAAGAAAUGCCAGCCAAUAACUAAAUUUUACAUCAUUAUAUUCAUUUGAAUCCAGGUGAGUAGUUAUAAGGACAGUUAUAACUUUCCCUGUACUUUAGAAAUGUAAGGGAAAACCUUAUAAACUUCACUUAAUUGGUAAUAAUAGAGAAAACUGUAGUCUCCAUUAAAGCAACAGAGCCAAUUCUGGUCUGAUAAAGUGCACUGAGCAGCUCUAAAUAGGUUUUAAUUAGCUGCUGCCAAAGCUGCACCACCCUCAGGGAUGGGUACAAUUAAUGAAAACUAGCAGCAAAUAGAUCAAUGUUACCAGAUGUUAUUGCCUUAGGUGAAGGUGAUGAGGAGGAAGGGAGUGUCUUUUAAGGAUCAUUUAGAAAACAGUCUGCACUGAAAGUCACUUUCAGAAAGCAAUAAUAUAAUGAAUCCUGAGUUUGCUAAUAUCACCUAGAUCAGUCUAACGUGAACUCCAUUUCUAUCUAUACUGCAAACAGCUCAGAUUAACAACUCAGUGUGGUGCAUAUUGUAUAGUGCCUUCAGCAAGAUGAGUUCCGCAAUCUGGGGCCAGCAAUGCUGCAAUAGUGUUCCUGUUCAAUUACACACACAACCAUGGGACCAUCAAAUGGAGCUGCUGCAGUCAAUGAUGCACACCAGUGGUGAUAUUGGUUACUACUGGUAUGAAAUUUUUUAAGAGAGAAACCUAAACUAAUCACAGCUUAACCUGGUGGUUUUAUUCAUGGUUUAUACAUGUAACAACAUAAAAAGCUCCAUGAUCUCAGAUAGAAAAUGUAUUCCAGUGUCCUGAAAUUCUCAUUAAAAGUCACAAAAUAAGAGGACUCUAAAACCUGGCCUGUUUUGUAUGCGAUUGACUUCCCAUACACACCACCUGAACUCUCUAUUACACUCAUACCCACACAAUUCAGUUCAGUGACACUCUAUUGGCAUGAUUAGCUAUGCAAGUGUCCCUAAAAAAGA